GGACCAAAAACUGUUUGGUUGCACACAAUGUUCAAAGUAUAUUCUUUUAUGUUCAACAGAUGAAAGAAAUUAUUACAGGUUUGGAACAACUUACGUGUAAACGAUGACAAAAUUUUCAUUUCUGAGUGAACUAUCCCUUUAAGCCUCACGUCACAGAAGUCAGUUAACUCUCAGCACAUAGAAACUUUUUCACCUAGAUAUCACUCUAUAGAGACUGUGUCUGUUCCCCGAACUAGAAAAUACAGAAAACAUCCAAACCAAAGUAAUAGUAACAAUUUAAUUGAUGUUCAACAAAUAAAAAACAGAUAUAAUACAGAUAAACAAAUGAUAAAGCUUGACUUAUUGAAUAUUAGAUCCCUUUCUUCAAAAGCACUUUUUGUAAAUGAUAUGUUCACUGACCAUAAACUAGAUGUGCUUUGUCUGACAGAAACCUGGCUAAAACAAGAUGAUUACAUUACUUUAAACGAGUCUACACCCCAAGAUUACUGUUACAAACAUGAACCGCGCCCAAAAGGUAAAGGGGGAGGUGUUGCUGCAAUUUAUAGCAAUAUUUUCAGUAUCUCUCAGAGGUCGGGUUUCAAGUAUAAUUCGUUCGAAGUAAUGGUGCUUCAUAUAACGUUAUCCAAAGAAACAAGUGUUAAUGAUAAAUCCCCUGUGAUGUUUGUACUGGCUACUGUAUACAGGCCACCAGGGCACCAUACAGACUUUAUUAAAGAAUUUUCUGAUCUUCUAUCGGAGUUAGUGCUGACUGCAGAUAAAGUCCUAAUCGUUGGUGAUUUUAAUAUCCAUGUUGAUAAUGAAAGAGAUUCGUUGGGAUCAGCAUUUAUAGACAUUCUAAACUCUAUUGGUGUUAAACAACACGUGUCAGGACCUACUCAUUGUCGAAAUCAUACUCUAGAUUUAAUACUGUCACAUGGAAUUGAUGUCAGUGGCAUUGAAAUUUGGCAGCCAAGUGAUGAUAUCUCAGAUCAUUAUCUAGUCUCCUGUAUAUUUCACAUAGCUAAAGCUGUAAAGCCAACUCCUUGUUACAAAUAUGGUAGAACCAUUACCUCUACCACAAAAGACUGCUUUAUAAAUAAUCUUCCUGACUUAUCUCAGUUCCUCACCAUAUCCAAUAGCUCAGAACAACUUGAUGUAACUGAAACUAUGGACACUCUUUUUUCUAGCACUUUAGAUGCGGUUGCUCCUUUACGCUUAAGGAAGAUUAAGGAUAAGAGUCCAACACCGUGGUAUAAUGAGCACACUCGCGCCCUAAAGAGAGCAGCCCGGAAAAUGGAGCGCAGCUGGAGGAAAACUAAAUUAGAGUCCGUAUCCGGUCAGAUGGUGGAUCAGCACCAAGAGAUGAUGUCUACAGCCCUGAUCGUCAGCGGAGACCAGGACACCCAGAUGACCCACAGAGACAUAUCCCCAGUGAAAACCUCGAUUGAAUACAAUAAAAUAAAAAAAAAAUAACAAAAUAACUAAAAUAUAAUAAAAUACCUAACUACAUAAUACUACUAUUGUUAGAAAUUACAACAAAAUUAAAAUAGAAAUAUAAACUUUUGAACUGCGGGUUUCGUCUGGUCAGAGGAGAACUGACCCCCGACUGAGCCUGGUUUCUCCCAAGUUUUUUUUUUUCUCCAUUCUGUCUCAGAGGGAGUUUUGGUUCCUUGCCGCUGUCGCCUCUGGCUUGCUCAGUUGGGGACACUUAAUUUCUAGCGAUUAUCGCGUGAUUUGAUUGCACAGAUACUAUUUAAACUAAACUGAGCUAGACAAUGACAUCUCUGAAUUCAAUAAUGAAAUGCCUUUAACUGAAAAUUGAAAAUUGAGUGUUUAAUCUUAUUAUACAUUACUGACACUCUAUCCUCCAAUUUGAUACUGUUAAGUGCUUUGACACAAUCUGUAUUGUUAAAAGCGCUAUAUAAAUAAAGGUGACUUGACUUGAAAGUCAGACAGUCCACCGUGAGCAAACUUCUCUGCAAACUGCGCGUUCAUCAUUAGUUAGCUACCAGACAGACCCAUUGAUAACUUUCCCAUUCAGCCCUACAUCUGGAAAGCCUUGUGUUCAAAGGGCAGAUGUGAGCUCUAGAUGUUUUAAACCGCUUUCUUUCUAAACAAAGACGCCAAAAUGAAAUCAUGCACAAAUGAGCUUCUCUAAUACUUCUUAAGAAAUUCAAUGUGUUGGCCUUUAUGGGACAAAUCAUGUCCCGUAUUGAUUUGAUACGGGAUGCAUCAUUUUGGCUUUAAAUACGGGAUGAACCCUAGAACAGACGAAUCCAGUAAAAGUGGAACUGAUAACUAAUGGCUGUAGAUUCAAAAUCUAGAAGAGAUGACUGAUUGUUUACCACUGAAAGAUCAUUUGUUUGAAAUUAACUUUAGUCAAAUGUAUUUGAAUCAACUGUAGCCAGCUUUAUGAACUGUUCUAAAGUGUGAACCAAAUAGCCCAUAUAACUAGCCUAAAAGUGUGAACCAAAUGGCCCAUCCUGUCAGGACAUCAUAAGGUUACACUAUCAUUGGCUCUCCAUGGGGUGUUAUUGUGUUGCCUGUAGCACAUUUGUUAUCAGGUAUAAAGGUCUGGUCUCAUAGACAGUACCUUGGGUUAAGAUUGUUGAAGGAUGACAUGCUAACAUCACUGCUGAAGAACUGCUACACUGCUACCUUCAAUAAAUUCUUCUCCCCACAAGAACUUUGGUCAAGCUUACUUAUUUUAUGUAUUAGAGAAAUCUAGUACAUUGGCGAGCCACCCAAACUACUGCUCAGCCAAAUACAGCAAAAUCUAACAAUUUGGCGAGAGCCAGCCAGGAGAGACUGACAAGAAGAGAACUCACCAACUGCAACAAGAAGUGAACAAAAGAGUUUUGGAGAUUCUACAGUUUUUGUGUUGAAGAUCAACAGACCGCACCUGUGGACAUAAGUUAUUUGAAUCAACUGGAUCCUGUCUCAAAUAUCCUAAUUUGGUGAGUGAAACUAUCAGCUCUCUAAAAGAACUUAAAGAACACUCUUUCAUAAGUAAGCAGAUCAUUUGAUGUAUGUAGUGUAACCAUAAUAACCAGUGUAGCGCUGUUUAAGAAAUUUUGGCUUAGGCCUUUCUCUUGAGUCUGUAGGAACCUUUUAAGUGAUUUAGUUAAUUCUCCUGAGACUGUAGGAGCUAUAGAAAAAGUGAUUAUAGCUUGGUCCUGUUCUCUUGAGUAUGUAAGAAUCACUUAAGAAAGAGGUUUAGUCCGUUCUCAUGAGACUGUAGGAGCCAUAGAUGUGUAAUUAUAGGCUUCGUCCUGUUCUCUGGAGUCUGUAGGAAUUGUUUAAGAAACAAUUUAGUCCGUUCAUCAAGACAUUGUAGAAGCAGAGGCUUGGUCCUUUCUCUUUUUGUUUGUAGGAAUUGUGUAAAAAACAAAAAAAACAAAAAAACAAUUUAGUCCAUUCCAGAGACUGUAGGAGCCAUAGAUAGCAUUGGGGCUGAUGUUGCUGCAAGAAUUGGGAAUUCUUGACUGGGUGCUAAUUCAGUAGCCACUAUUUUAGAUAUAAAUAAUUUUCCAACUUGGUUAAAAGAAGAUGGGCAUAAAGCCAUGACAUUAUAAGUUUGUUUGCCUUCUGUUGAAAGAUACAGAAAGAAAGAUAUAAAGUAAAUUGUCUAAGGGACAAAUUUGAAGCAAAGUAAUUCAGCCUUCUGAGCUAGGAUUCAGAAAGAAUUGAAGUCUUAUCACUCAGGAUUUGUCAGAAAAUUAGCCUUAAUGUAAAUGUUUUGUUUUAAAUGAAGUAUUGAAAACUGAGUUAUAAAAAUAUUGAUUUGUCUGUGUAACUGAAAUGGUCAGUCUAACAGACUGCUGUGAAUUUAAAUCAGAAUAAGCACCUUUUUACGGCUCUAACAACUUUUGUUCUGUUUUCACACCUCUGAGGGCACUUUUCCUGUACUUUCCAUGGCUGAGUCUGCACGAAACAAUGGUAAUGCCUCUGCUCUGAGACCAACAACAGAAAGACAUGGGACAGAACCUCCAAAUGUGACCAUUGAUCAGAUGUUGGACAAUCUGAAUGUAUAUUUGGACAAAAGGCUGGGACUGAGGGAGUACCAUGAUGAUAUGUGCCAGAGGUACAGCAUUAAGCACUCAGAGAGUGGACUAUGGGCAUUGCCGGACAUUAAAAGGGCUUAUGGAAAGACACAGCGCUUAUGGGCAACCACCAAGAAAGAUGGAUGGUCUGUGAUUUUGGUCAAACAAAUUAUGCAGCAUCUGCAGAAGUGUAAGACUGACAAAUUGCAACAUGAGAUCAAAGCAGAGAAAGCAAAAGUUCGAGCACUGGCUGAACAAUUGCAGAAUGUAAAGGACAAAGAAAGACUGUUAAUUCAGAAUGACAAUUUGCUAACUUUACUCUCCAAACAACUCGAAUCAAAAUCGUCAAGCAGCUCUGAUGACAGCGACGCAGACAUCAACACACAUGCUGGAAUUACAAAGAAUAACUUGAAGGUUAGACUUGCUCCUGUAAUUGUCAAGAACAGAAGAACUGAAGUUGAAAUCAACAAUGAGGAGGAGUAUGAGGAAAAUGGUGAACUACGAACUCACACUGUAAAGAAGUUGGUAAAGAAAUAUGUUCCAUGCAGAACAUACCAGCCAGCUAUUCCAGAGCAAGUUGACAAAUGGUCAAAAGAAUUGCCAGAUGUGUACAAGCAACCACGGAAAGUUU